UCAUUUAUUUAUUACUUGUCCUGUAAGCUUGGAAAAAUAGGCUCUUUCCCACCACUCUACAUGACAGUAACGAGCAAAUCAUUCUUAUUAGACAAAUACAUGAUUGGCAAACAUUUUCUCUCAUUCUGUGGGUUGUCUCUUCUCUCUCUCUCUCUCUCUGAAACAGAGUUUUGCUCUUGUUGCCCAGGCUGGAGUGCAAUGGUGCGAUCUCGGCUCACUGCAACCUCUGCCUCCCCAGUUCAAGUGAUUUUACUGCCUCAGCCUCCCGCGUAGCUGGGAUUACAGGCGCGUGCCACAAUGCCCGGCUAAUUUUGUAUUUUUAGUAGCGACGGGGUUUCUCCAUGUUGGUCAGGCUGGUCUAGAACUCCUGACCUCAAAUGAUCCGCCUGCCUCGGCCUCCAAAAGUGUUGGGAUUACAGGUGUGAGCCACCGCAUCUGGCAUCUUUUCACUGGCUUGAUAGUAGUGUUCCAUGCGAAAAUGUUUUAAUUUUGAAGUUUAUCUUUUUGUUGUUUUUGUUAUCGUUGGCUGUGCUUUUCAAUCCAGUGUCAUGAAGAUUUCCCCUAUGUUUUUUUCUAAGAAUGUUAUAUUUUUAACUCUUCACUUUAGGUCUCUGAUCCAUUUUGAAUGAAUUUUUGUAUAUGGUGUAAGAUAAAGGUCCACUUUAUGUUUUACAUGUGGAUAUUUAGUUUUCCCAAUGUACUUCAUUUUGAAAUAAUUUUCCAUUUCCUGCUGGUUUACUACUCUCAACGGGAUAGUAAAAGCAAUUAAACAAAAAAAAAUUUUUUUUUGAGAUGGAGUUUCACUCAUUGCUCAGGCCAGAGGGCAAUGGCGUGAUCUCGGCUCACUGCAACCUCAGCCUCCCUGGUUCAAGCGAUUCUCCUGCCUCAGCCUCCCAAGUAGCUGGGAUUAUAGGCAUAUGCCACUAUGUCCAGCUAAUUUUUUUAAAAUUUUUAAUAGAGAUGGGGUUUCUCCAUGGUGAUCACGGUCGUCUCAAACUCUUGACCUCAGGUGAUCUGCCUGCUUCAGCCACCUAAAGUGAUGGAAUUAUAACUGUAAGCCACUGUGCCCAGCUUUUUGUGUGUGUGAGUGAGAUGAAGUCUCACUCUGUUGCAAUGUCACAAUCACAGCUCACUGCAACCUUCACCUCCUGGGUUAAGGCGAUUCUUGUGCCUCAGCCUUUGGAGUAGCUGGGAUUACAGGCACAUGCCACCAUGCCCAGCUAAUUUUUGUAUUUUUAGUAGAGAUGGGGUUUCACCAUGUUGGCCAGGCUUAUCUCAAACUCCUGACCUCAGGUGAUAUGCCUGCCUUGGCCUCCCAAAGUGCUGGUAUUAUAGGUGUGAGCCACUGCGCCUGGCCUUUUUUUUUUUUUCCCAAUAGAAAUGGAGUCUCACUACAUUGUCCAGGCUGGUCUCAAACUCCUUGGCUCAAGCCAUUCUCCCAACUCAGCCUCCCAAAGAGUGGGGAUUACAGGAGUGAGCUACUGCACCUGGCCAAAACCAAUUGUAAACGUUUUUUUUUUCAGACUUUUGUAAACAAAGCGAGGUAUUUUCCCCCAUACCAAACCUGGUGCCUUUUAAGCCCUCUGUUGGAGCUGAGUAUGCCCUAGUUGAACUUAAGCAAACUUCACAGAAAUAACGCAGGCAGCAUAUCCCUCCUCCUGUGUCAAAUGCCGGGUGAAGGCAAUUGUGAUUAUCAGCUUAGCAGAGGAAAAAGUAAGGCUGCAUUCCUUCAGUUUUCAAACCCAAAUUCUGCCAGAUUCUAGGCAAAGGGUUUAAAAGAAAGAAUGUUUAGAACAUGGUUUUUGGAGUCAGAGAAUAUGUUCAAAGUCUGGCUUCACUAUUUUAUAGCCUUUGAGCAUGUGACCUUUAUGUACCCUUGAAGAUGUUGCUUAAUCUUCCUGAGCCUCAGGUACCUCAUUUUAAAAACGGGGAUAAUGCCUCAGGCCUAGCUGCCAGUCUCUAGUCAGUGCUCAGUAAAAAGUAGCAGAUGAUCAAAAACGGGUUUUCCUCUUACAAUUGAAGAUAGGAACCUUUUCAAGAGCAAGCAGCAGGCACCGAAUUUGACGACUGUUUGCCUCCGGUCUCUCUGGCAGCACAGUGGUAGGAGGUAAGAAUGAUAUGACACCAUGCAUGCAAAGUGCUCACGACACACUCUGGCGAUUAAAAAAAGGAGAGCUGAGUCAUGGAUGUCCAGUUUCCCCAUCUGUAAAAUGAGCAAGUUCGAUCACUUGAAACGACAUUCUUGGGCCUUGGAUGACUCAGAUUUUCCAGGCAUAUGCGGAAAGGCACGCCAGAGGGAAGGAGGAGGAGUGGUAGCGUUGCGACCGAGCCCAGGUUUAGCGAAACCGACAGCUCCACCGCCGGCACCAGUUCCCCUGGCUCUGGAGGUGCCAGGCUGGUGGGGUGGGGAGUAGCCACGGGGCGGAGUGAUUCCGCGCCCAGCCUUCGGCUUUCUUCAUUGGCCUGGUGAACUCGAGAUUUGUGACGCCAUAGGCGUGCGCCCAGAGUAUGAAGGGGGUGUGGCUCGCUGAGAAGGAGGAGACAAGAUGGCGACGUCCGUGGGGCACUGGUGCUUGCGAUUGCCGCACAGGGUCGCGCCGUGGCGGAGCAGCUUCCAUCACUGUGAGAACACUGCCUUGAGCCACUCCCUACAGCCCUUACGGAAGCUGCAUUUUAGAGCCUUUCGCACAGAUGCCAGAAAAAUCCACACUGCCCCUACCCGAAGCAUGUUCCUGCUGCGCCCCCUGCCCAUUCUGUUGGCAACAGGCGGCGGAUAUGCAGGGUACCGGCAGUAUGAGAAGUACAGGGAGCGAGAGCUGGAGAAGCUGGGAUUGGAGAUUCCACCCAAACUCGCUGGUCACUGGGAGGUGGCUUUGUACAAGUCAGUGCCGACGCGCUUGCUGUCACGGGCCUGGGGCCGCCUCAACCAGGUGGAGCUGCCCCACUGGCUGCGUAGGCCUGUCUACAGCCUGUACAUCUGGACCUUCGGGGUGAACAUGAAAGAGGCGGCUGUGGAGGACCUGCAUCACUACCGCAACCUCAGCGAGUUCUUCCGGCGCAAGCUGAAGCCACAGGCCCGGCCUGUCUGUGGCCUGCACAGUGUGGUAAGGCCUGACCCUUUCCUCCUGCAAAAUAGGAUUUUUUCCUGCCUCCACAGCUGGGCCCCGCCUGUCCAGCACAGCACCCCCAUCUCCAGCAUACCUGGAAGGGGCAGGAUGACAAGGGAAAGUGGGGGCUGUCUCCUGCGGGGAGGAGACCCUGCUCUUCCUCACACCAAGCCUCUCCUGCCCUUCCAGAUCAGCCCAUCGGAUGGAAGGAUCCUCAACUUUGGGCAGGUGAAGAACUGUGAGGUAGAGCAGGUAAAGGGGGUCACCUACUCCCUGGAGUCGUUCCUGGGCCCACGCACCUGCACAGAGGACCUGCCCUUCCCACCAGCCACCUCGUGUGACUCCUUUAAGAACCAGCUGGUCACCCGAGAAGGGAACGAGCUCUAUCACUGUGUCAUUUACCUGGCUCCUGGGGACUACCACUGCUUCCACUCUCCCACCGACUGGACUGUGUCCCACCGGCGCCACUUCCCAGGUUCCCUGAUGUCAGUGAACCCUGGCAUGGCUCGCUGGAUCAAAGAGCUCUUCUGCCAUAAUGAGCGGGUGGUCCUGACGGGGGACUGGAAACAUGGCUUCUUCUCACUGACAGCCGUUGGGGCCACCAACGUGGGCUCCAUUCGUAUUUACUUUGACCGGGACCUGCACACAAACAGCCCGAGGCACAGCAAAGGUUCCUACAAUGACUUCAGCUUUGUGACGCACACCAACAGAGAGGGUGUCCCCAUGCGCAAGGGUGAGCACCUGGGCGAGUUCAACCUGGGCUCCACCAUCGUGCUGAUCUUCGAGGCCCCUAAGGACUUCAAUUUUCAGCUGAAAACAGGACAGAAAAUCCGCUUUGGGGAGGCCCUGGGCUCCCUCUAGAGCCUCUUUCCUUGUUACGGCUGCUAAGGGAUCUUUUCCAAACAGAGAGUGAGGGUCUUUCAGAGGGGAAGGCCCGUGAGGCCAUCCAGGUGAGGGCCUGUCUGACCAGGUAGGACUUCAAUGAUUCAGCUCCCACAUGUUCCAGAGGUGCAGACAAGAGGGUGAGAGCCCUGUCAUGACCUCAAAGUAUCCCAUUCCUUCCCUACAAAUGGAAUGAUCCCAGGCACAGUUGGAGCUUUCUAAACACUGUAUAAAUGGGAGAUCCUGCAUUCCUGACGGAACCUUCAGUUGGUCUUGUCGUUUUAAGAUGACUGGUAAUAUCCCUUCUUGCUGCUCCUCCCCAUCACCUGGGCUGUUUUCUGUUGGCCCCUUUUGUUUUUUGGCCUUAACUCUCCUGCUGCACAGGGUGAGGUGCCUUGGCACAGACUGUGGAAGCCCCUCCCCUGUCGCCCCCAGCAGAGCCACACAGCCUUCAUGACAACUGCUUUCUGUUCCCAAAUUCACCUCAUCCUGCCCUUUAGAAAAAGCAAUCUUUGUGCUUGUGGCUGAACGUAUCACCCUGGACUCUGCCAGUGUCUUCCGAGGACACUGAUCAUCAGGACCUUUGCAGGACCUGAUGAGGGACCGUCUGGAGCUGGCCGGCAAGAUGGAUGCUGAACCUGCCUCAUGGCGCCAUAGUGAACAGAGCAGGCCCAGCUAGGGACAGGGGAGAGGUUUGUGUCCCGCUUCCCAUAUCACUACGUGAAAUAUGGGAAAGUUGCUGCUAUGGAUUCAGAGUCUGUCUUGGAGGCAGAGGAGCCUUGGUGGAUGGUUGGUCAGUACCUGGAAAACCUGUCCCAGAGUUCAUGUUGACCCUGAGGACGCUGUGAACUUCUCCUGCAGGAGAGAUGUCAUUGAAUUUUUUCAACUGUAUCAGUAGCACAGUAUUUUUGUAUGAAAAGUGGGAGACUUCUGAACAGUAAUUCAUUUAAUUGCAAAACAUUUUGAAAUAAAAAAUAAAAGUCAUAA